UAAAAAAACGAUUAAUUUCAUUGGAGGGCAUCACUGUGUUUGAAGAGAGAGAAACGAAGAGAGAGAAAAAAACGCAGAGCACAACACUCCUCAGCUCCGAAAUUGGAGUGGGAGAAAAUUUGUAUGCGUUGGAUUUUGUAGAUCUGAAUAAUGAAACAGUGCCUUUUCCAUGAGGCUCGAGUUUUUUCCUGGGAACUCACCUGAAGAAAGAAAUCGAGAGGCUUUAGAUAAAUGACAAAUGUAUCAUUCAAAGAAUGUUCCUAGUGCAAGUUUAGUUGGAGGUAAUUCACUAGUUCAUGGUCAGCACAUAGAUUGUGGUGGCAGCGCGAUGGAUCCUGGCAAUGGAGGAAACAGUCAUAGCAACAACUCUAAUCUCACCUCAAAACAACGUCUACGGUGGACACAUGAAUUACAUGAGCGCUUUGUUGAUGCUGUGGCUCAACUUGGAGGGCCAGAUCGUGCCACACCCAAAGGUGUCCUCAGAGUUAUGGGUGUACAAGGCUUGACCAUAUACCAUGUCAAAAGCCAUUUACAGAAGUACCGACUAGCAAAAUAUUUACCGGAUUCCUCAUCUGAUGAAGGGAAAAAGGCUGACAAGAAAGAAACUGGGGAUGUGCUUUCCAAUCUCGAUGGUUCAUCUGGGAUGCAGAUUACUGAAGCUCUAAAGCUUCAAAUGGAGGUGCAGAAGCGAUUACAUGAACAAUUGGAGGUGCAGAGACAGCUACAAUUACGGAUAGAAGCCCAGGGUAAAUACCUGAAAAAGAUAAUCGAAGAACAACAGCGGCUCAGUGGGGUUCUUUCAGAGGCACCUGAGAGUGGGGUUGUGGCUGUGGUUCCGGGGGACGUGUGCCAAGAACCGGAUAAUAAGACCGACCCGUCUACCCCCGACCCGGAAAAGGCUGCCAAAGACCGAGUCCCAGCAAAGAGUCUUUCAAUUGAAUCUUUUUCAUCACACCAUGAACCAUUGACUCCAGAUUCUGGUUGCCAUGUUGGUUCCCCUGCUGACAGCCCUAAAGGGGAGAGAUCAACCAAAAAGCAACGGCUAAACAUGGACGGAUCGUAUUCAAAGCCAGACAUGGUGCUUCCACUUCAGAUACUGGAGUCAAGUAUGUCAUCAUACCAGCAUCCUAGCACUGUUUUUCUUGGGCAAGAGCAAUUUGAUCCUUCAAUGGGUAUGUCUACCAGAAGUGGUGAGGAAUUGGAUAAGGUUGGUGGCAGUAAUCUGUGAUUUGGUGUAAUGUGUAGGUUGUGUUCUAGGACUCUCAUUCUAUCUUCCUUCUAAGCUUAGUUUCUGUUUUAUAUGUAUUUCUUAAUAGACCAGAGGAUCUGAUCAUCAUAGAUUUCCAAGGUUCUUAGUUUUCAGUUCAAAUGUUCAGUACUUGACUAAGCAUCAGCCUUUAAUUAUUUUAGAGAACUAA